AUGGACGGUCCCGAGCCCGAGUCCACCCCCUUCGAUGCUAUUACUACUCAAGGCAAUCGUUUAGCAAGGCAAUACCAGACCUAUCUUGAUAAAUCAACGCCCUACACGCCCUACCGUUGGAUUGGUACUGGCACGUUGCUAGUCCUUUUCUUCUUGCGCAUCGUAUUUGCCCAAGGCUGGUACAUUGUCGCGUACUGUCUGGGCAUCUACCUGCUCAACCUUUUCCUCGCAUUUCUGCAACCCAAGUUCGACCCCAGCUUAACACAAGACGAAGGCCUAGAAGACGGCGAGUCUGCUCUACCUACCAAGCAAGACGAUGAAUUCCGACCUUUCAUCAGAAGGCUGCCGGAAUUCAAAUUCUGGCACGCCGCCACAAGGGCCAUCGCCAUCAGCUUUCUUUGCAGUUGGUUCGAGAUUUUCAACUUGCCUGUGUUUUGGCCUGUGCUUGUCAUGUACUGGCUGAUUCUGUUCUCCUUGACGAGUAAGAAUUCCUCCGUGAAUACUGUGGUUGGUGGAGGCACUGACGCGCGAUACAGUGAGACGGCAGAUUCAACAUAUGAUCAAAUAUCGAUAUGUGCCCUUUUCCUUUGGCAAGGCCAAGUACAGCGGGAACAAGUCGUAGCCAACUGA